AUAAACAAAAAAUAGAAUUAUUCCAUGGUCUUCACAAUCUUUUAACUCAUUUGUGGCCUAAAAAAAUGAUAGUUUUCUGCCAUUUUAGAAUUGUCAAGUCAAAUAUGACGAAUUUUAUUAUAUAAAUGAUAAAUCAUUCCUUUCAAUUUCAUUAACAUCAUACUUUUUCCUCCUUCUUGCUGUAAACUCAACAAAAAAAAACCCCAAAAUAUCUCUAUUGAAAUCCUCAAACCCACCACAUUUCGUAUAAAACUCACAAUUUCUGUACAACAGAAACACUUCAACUUUAGUAUAGCUCAAAAAUCAAGUGAGCAGAGCUUAUUUUUUCUGGGUAUUCAUCAUAUUACAAAAAAAUCCAAUCUUUUUCUUGAUUUUAUAGAGCAAAAAAAUUCUGGGUUUAUCCCAAAAUUGAGUGAACAAACCUUAUUAUACAUUAAAACAAAGCAACUUUUUUCUGGGUAAUGAUCAAAUUUCAACAACAAAAAAAACCCAUUUCUUUUUUCUUGAUUUAUUAGAGAGAAAAAAACCCAUUUCUUUUUUCUGGUUUUUUUUUUUUUUUAAGAAAUGGAGAAUAGUAGUGCAGCAGAAUUAUACAGAGUAGCAAGUGUUGGUUUAGGGAGAAAUUCAUCAAGUGUAUGGAGAAAUAGUGGAAGAGAAGUAUUUUCAACAUCAACUCGUGAUGAAGAUGAUGAAGAAGCACUUAAAUGGGCUGCACUUGAGAAAUUACCCACUUAUAAUCGGGUUAGAAAAGGUAUAUUAACUGAUAUUGGGGGCCCAGCAAGAGAAAUUGAUGUUGAUAAACUUGGUUUUGAAGAUAAAAAAGAGCUUUUACAAAGACUUGUUAAAACUGCUGAGGAAGAUAAUGAGAAGUUCUUGCUUAAGCUCAGACAACGUAUUGAUAGGGUUGGUAUUGAAAUCCCAACAAUUGAGGUAAGGUAUGAGCAUUUGAAUGUUGAAGCACAAGUUUUAGUGGGAAGCAGAGGUUUACCAUCUGUAUUGAACUUCUUCACCAAUACAAUUGAGGGUAUCUUGAAUCUUCUCCACAUUGUUCCAGAUAGGAGAAAACCGUUUACAAUCCUUCAUGAUGUCAAUGGAGUUAUCAAGCCUGGCAGGUUGACAUUACUUUUAGGCCCUCCUGGCUCAGGAAAGACUACGUUGCUGCUGGCAUUGGCUGGUAAGCUUGCCAAAGAUCUUAAGUUUUCAGGAAGUGUCACAUACAAUGGACACACGAUGAAUGAGUUUGUUCCGCAAAGGAGCUCAGCAUAUAUAAGCCAACAUGAUCUUCACAUUGGAGAGAUGACAGUUAGAGAAACUUUAGCCUUCUCAGCAAGGGUUCAAGGGGUUGGAACGAAUUACGAUAUGCUGGUGGAAUUGUCAAGAAGAGAGAAGGAAGCCAAUAUUAAGCCUGAUGCUGAUAUUGAUGUUUACAUGAAGGCAGCAGCAAUGGAGGGACAGGACGCCAGUGUAGUUACUGAGUACAUUCUUAAGAUUUUAGGACUUGAUAUAUGUGCUGAUACAAUGGUUGGGAAUGAAAUGAUAAGGGGUAUUUCAGGAGGACAAAGAAAGCGACUUACUACUGGAGAAAUGCUGGUUGGCCCAUCAAAAGCACUUUUUAUGGAUGAAAUAUCAACUGGUUUGGACAGCUCUACAACAUAUCAGAUUGUCAACUCAAUCAGGCAAUCCAUCCAUAUUCUAAAAGGAACCGCUCUAAUUUCUCUCCUACAACCUGCUCCUGAGACAUAUGACCUCUUUGACGAUAUAAUACUUGUUGCUGAUGGACAAAUCGUGUAUCAAGGUCCUAGAGAACAUGUGCUUGAGUUCUUUGAAUACAUGGGCUUCAAAUGUCCUGAAAGAAAGGGAGCUGCUGACUUUUUACAAGAAGUAACAUCAACGAAAGAUCAGGAACAGUAUUGGUGCCGUGAGAAUGAGCCUUAUACCUUUGUUACUGUUAAGGAGUUUGCAGAAGCUUUUCAAUCAUUUCAUGUCGGCAGGAAACUUGCUAGUGAGCUUUCGGUUCCAUUUGACAAGUCGAAAAGCCAUCCUGCAGCCUUGACAACAGGAACAUAUGGUCUUGGUAAAAGAGAGUUGUUUAAAGCAUGCAUGUCUAGAGAAGCAUUGCUGAUGAAAAGAAACCAAUUUGUCUAUAUUUUUAAGGCCUUUCAACUCAUUCUGACCGCACUUGUGACCUCGACAUUGUUUUUGAGAUCUCAUAUGCAUAAGAGAGAUGUACAAGAUGGGAAUAUCUACAUGGGUGCACUUUUCUUUGCUCAAAUUCAGAUCCUAUUCAAUGGGUUUGCUGAGAUGGCAUUAGCAAUCGCAAAGCUUCCCGUCUUCUAUAAGCAAAGAGACUUGCGGUUUUACCCUGCUUGGGCAUAUGCCAUACCUUCAUGGAUUCUUAAAAUACCAAUAGCUAUUAUAGAAACAGCCAUUUGGGUGAUAUUAACUUACUAUAUCAUUGGCUAUGACUCCAAUGCGGGAAGGUUCUUUAAACAUUAUUUCGUGCUCUUAGCUGUUCACCAGAUGGCUUCUGCGCUGUUUCGACUUAACGCAGGACUUGGAAGAAAUAUGAUUUUGGCCAACACAUUUGGCACCGGUGCUCUGGUUACACUUAUUGUGCUGGGUGGAUUCAUUAUAUCUCGUCAUAACGUGAAGAAAUGGUGGAUAUGGGGCUACUGGAUCUCUCCACUGCAGUACGGGCAAAAUGCACUAUCUGUUAAUGAAUUCCUUGGACAUAGUUGGAGCAAUCUUUCUUUAGGACGUAUUGUCUUGGACUCUCGUGGGGUGUUUACGCAUUCAUAUUGGUAUUGGAUUGGACUUGGAGCGUUGGUGGGAUACGUUUUUCUGUUGAAUCUGUUCUAUACAUGGACUUUAACAUAUUUAAACCCACUUGGAAAACCUCAGGCCAUGUUAUCUGAAGAAGAUUUGAAAUUCAAAGAAGCUAACCUAACUGGUCAAGCUAUUGAGUUGUCAUCCAGCAGAAAGAGAUCCUCUCGUUCUCAAAGGAGAGUAGAUAUUCAAGAGCAAGCUAAUGGAAACUCGAAUAGGGGGAUGGUUCUGCCUUUUGAACGCCUUUCUGUUACUUUUGAUGAAAUUAGUUACUCAGUAGACAUGCCUCCGGCAAUGAAAGCUCAAGGUGUCACUGAGGACCGACUAACACUUCUAAAGGGUGUCAGUGGUGCUUUCAGGCCAGGAGUGUUGACAGCACUUAUGGGUGUUAGUGGUGCAGGAAAGACUACCCUAAUGGAUGUGUUAGCAGGGAGGAAAACUGGUGGAUAUAUCGAUGGAGAUGUCAGAAUAUCGGGUUACCCCAAGAAGCAAGAAACCUUUGCUCGAGUUUCUGGAUACUGUGAGCAGGCUGAUAUUCACUCUCCUCAUCUGACUGUUUAUGAGUCCUUAAUCUUUUCUGCUUGGCUUCGGUUGUCAUCCGAUGUUGAUGCAGAAACAAGAAAGGUAUUCGUGGAGGAAGUCAUGGAACUUGUAGAAUUGCACACUUUAAGACACGCACUUGUAGGACUUCCGGGAGUUAAUGGUCUUUCAACUGAACAGAGAAAGAGACUAACAAUUGCUGUUGAACUUGUCGCCAACCCAUCUAUAAUCUUCAUGGAUGAGCCAACCUCGGGGCUUGAUGCCAGAGCUGCUGCCAUUGUUAUGCGGACCAUCAGAAACACAGUUAAUACAGGACGAACAGUGGUUUGCACAAUCCAUCAGCCUAGCAUUGACAUAUUCGAUGCUUUUGACGAGUUGCUACUGCUAAAACGAGGUGGACAGCAGAUAUAUUUUGGUCCAAUAGGUCGUCAUGGUAUUCAACUUAUCAAAUACUUUGAGGCAAUCGGUGGUGUUCAAAAGAUCAAAGAGGCCUAUAAUCCAGCAACUUGGAUGUUGGAGGUAACAUCAAUGGCCCAGGAAGCUGCACUUGGUGUUGAUUUUGCCCAAAUAUACAAGGAUUCCGAUCUCUACAGGAGAAGUAAAGCAUUGAUAACAGAACUUAGUGUACCAAUUGCAGCAUCAAAAGACCUGUACUUCCCUACUCAAUAUUCACAGCCUUCUGUUACUCAAUUUAUGGCUUGUUUGUGGAAACUGCAUUGUUCAUAUUGGCGAAACACUAUGUACACCGCAAUGAGGCUCCUCUUUGCAACUUUUGUGGGGGUCAUGUUUGGAUCCAUUUUCUGGAAGAUUGGGCAAAACAGAAGUACGCAGCAAGACCUUUUCAAUGCAAUGGGUUCUAUGUACACCGCAAUUCUUUUCCUCGGUAUUCAGAAUGCAUCAGGAGUUCAACCAGUGGUGUUUGUUGAAAGAACAGUAUUCUACCGAGAAAGAGCAGCAGGAAUGUAUGCGGCAUUGCCCUAUGCCUUUGCACAGGUUGUCAUUGAGCUUCCUUACACUUUCUGCCAAACGAUCUCCUAUGGGGCGAUAGUAUAUGCCAUGAUGGGGUUCCAGUGGACUUUAGCCAAGUUCUUUUGGUACAUUUUCUUCAUGUACUUUACCUUGCUCUACUUCACAUACUACGGCAUGAUGUGUGUUGGCCUAACCCCGAAUGAUAGUGUUUCCGCCAUCAUUUCCUCUGCCUUCUACGGAAUAUGGAAUCUUUUCUCCGGUUUCCUUAUCCCAAGACCAAGAAUGCCAGUAUGGUGGAGAUGGUACUACUGGGGAUGCCCCAUAGCGUGGAGCUUGUAUGGAAUGCUAGUCUCUCAAUUCGGUGAUUACGAAGAUCGACUCCUAGAUGUUGCUAAUGGACCAUCUGUGAGGGACUUUUUGCGUAGCUAUUUUGGUUACAGACACGAUUUCUUGGGACCUGUUGCGGGUGUAAUCCUAGGAAUAAACGUCCUAUUUGCUGUGGUUUAUGCCUAUUCUCUCAAGACCUUCAACUUUCAGAGAAGAUGAUGGAUGAGACAUAUUGAGCUAGAAUGCAUAUUGUUUUAUUUUAUAGAAAUGUUCAUAUAUGUUCUGAUUUCUGUUUGAAUAGAUACUAGCUUAUAGAAGUAAAAGUCUUUAGAUCUUAGUUCACUUUGUAUGAAGAACAUCCCUGUUUAAUGCAAAUUCUUUCUUGAAA